AAUUCUUUUAAACCCCACUAUGAGCCGCCACUGACGCUAUUAACCUCAAAAAGACAGAGCUAGUACUUGUUAUUAAUUUCUUAAUUUGUGAAAAAGAGAUUUCAGGAAGGAAAUAUUUGCUUUUUGUGGGGAAAUAGUGAAAAUUUAUAACAUCUCUUGGGUAAAUAUACAGUGAAAAAUGUUAGAAAUAACAUGUAACGAUCGUCUUGGUAAGAAGGUCAGAGUAAAAUGCAAUCCAGAUGAUACAGUAGGCGAUUUGAAAAAAUUGAUAGCUGCUCAAACUGGCACACACUGGGAGAAGAUAGUGUUGAAGAAAUGGUACACCAUAUUCAAGGAUCACAUAAAGCUGCAAGAUUAUGAAGUACAUGAUGGCAUGAACUUAGAGCUCUACUACCAAUAAUUUUGUAAAAUAAAGUCAUGUGUAAGCAUCCUGAGUGUUAAUGUUAGAACUAUCAAACAUUUUGUUUUUAUUUUGUAACAGAUACUUUGAUAUUAUGUAAUAGAUAUCUUGAUAUUAUAUCUUAACCAUAAGAAAACACCAUAAAAGAUUAAAUAUAAAAUAUUAAA